AUGGAAAACACUGAGCUCAAUCUUCCACGAUGGACGCAGCACGUCAGAAUGUGUGCAGGCAAACAACAAAUAAUUCAGGCACCGAGUCACAACAAAAGCCGACCUGUCAGAGAAGACCGCAACACCAAUGACUGUCUUUCUCACACAACAAGAGCACCACACUUCAAGACUAAACGGCCGUUCAAUAUGACCGACCCACGGAUUCACGAAGACAUGCGCAUCGGGAUCUCGAAGCUCGCCAUCCAGAUCGCCGCACAUGAAGAGUACCAUGAAAAGCUCACGGUGGAGAUUGCUCGGCGGGAAGAGAAUGACGGCGAAGUGGAGGAAGAGAAGUUGGAGAUGGCCCGAGUCGAGGCACAACUUCGGACCAUGAGGCUGCUGAAGGGAGCGAAGGAAGUGGAGAUGCAGCUGGGAAAGAGUGCGGCUGGUGCUUUUCUUGGGGAGAAUAUUGGGAAGUGA